CUCCUUUCGUCUCGGAUCUAUUGAAUCGGUAUUCUGAAAAGGGGCACGCCCCCCCCCCCCUGGCAAACGUCCUACUGGUAUUACAACAAUGGGACCACGAGGCGCCCUUCUCCUGGUUGGUUUGCAAAAUGAAUUCCUCGACCCCCACAUGGGCCGUUGUCUCAUGACCCCUCCGGAGCCCGGCAAACCAUCCUUUGUCGAUAACAUUAAAAAUUUCCUCCCUUAUUUUCGCACAAGGGGUGGCGACGUCAUCUGGGUACGUUCCGAGUACAGAAAACCACGUGAUUGUGAGGAUCCCAGGAACGAUGAGGUUGUACUUCUUGUCGACGAUGAGGGGUAUUAUAUGGAUGAGGUCGAGGAACAAGAGCCUCUACCCGAGGCCAAUACUCAAGAGGGUGGUAGAAGGAAGGGCAGGGGCACCGCUACUCCCAACCACGAUGGACAAUUACCUCCUUCAACCGCCAAGCCCAACAGCACCCCGGCAGAAAAUUAUAUCGGCCCCCCCCAGUUACAUACCGACGCAUUUCUGGCUAUCGAGGGUGACAAUCCUCCUUGCGCUCCUUCAUCCAUUGAGAGCGAAUUUUAUCCUCCCCUACUUCCCGUCAUACAGACACCUCCGGACCGGGUCUUGAUAAAGACUUGGUUCUCCGCGUUUAAAGACACGGGGCUUCUCGAGACUUUGAGGGGGAGGUUCAUCACGGAGCUCUAUAUAUGUGGGACUAUCGCGAAUGCCUGCAUUCUCGCUACAGCUGCCGAUGCUGCGAAGCAUGGGCUUGAGGUCACCAUCUUGACGGACUGUGUGGGAUACAGAAGUGAAAUGGCACGUGAUAGAGCUAUGCGAGUUAUGAUUGAUGAUUUUGCCGUGGAGGAGGUUCGGAGUACCCUGCUGGCCAAAAGUUGGGAGCGGACAAGAAACAAAUUGAAAGGAACGGCUGGGCCAACCAGCCCAAGUAUUUCGGGAAGUUCGGGGAUGAACGUUGGGGCAACCGGAAUUUCUAGGGAAGAUUUGGUCAAAAUGGUGGAAGGGUUGAAAUCGGGUAUAGCCCAGAGUGCGCGAAAGGAUGAUGCGAGAACGCAGGUGGAAAGGAUGCUCGAAGUUGAUACCGAGGGCUCAAGUCACGAGGGAGAGGACUAUGAUUACGAGCGAACGAGUGAGCUUGGAGAGUUGAGGCUGGAUUCCCUUUCGCUGAAGGACGAAGAAGCGCCUCAACCGAUGGAUUCUGGUGAGUCAGCCGGGGGGCUAGCCGAGGAAAAGGCGGAAUCUCCUGUUCCUAUCCCCCCCAGCCCAACCUCCGCCAAACCACAGUCGCCCAUCCAGGAUAAAAGUCCAAUAGAGAAGGCUCCCCGACGGAGAGAGCCGGUUCUGCGUAAGCCGAGGAUGGCUAGCCGAAACAAAAAGUUCCAGUCGAAAGCGCCUGUGCUGGGCCAGGGUGAUGUGCUAGGCGAAGGUGAUUCGGAGGUGGUGAAUAACGUUCUACCAGCAGAUCUAGCGGAGGUCGCGUUCGAAAGAUUGAAGAAGGAAGUUGCAUGGAGAAGCAUGUAUCAUCGUGGCGGGGAAGUUCCACGGUUGGUAGCUGUUGAGGGGGAGGUCAGUGACGACGGGAGGUGAGUUUGAAACAGAAAUAUUGUUCUCGUACGAGGGCUGUGGGGGGGUCCUCUAGAUUUAUAGCAGCAUUUUGGACUCACUGUGAUCCUUAGUUUCCCUAUCUACCGCCAUCCAGCUGACGAAUCUCCCCCUCUGCUACCUUUCUCAGACACUGUUGGGCUCAUCCGGGAGUAUGUUAAAGGGGUACUCCAGCAACCAGUUAACCACGUUCUGAUCCAACAUUACCGGGAUGGAAACGAUUAUAUCUCAGAGCAUUCUGACAAGACUCUAGACAUCGCGAGGGGAUCCAAGAUAGUUAAUGUAAGUUUGGGAGCUCAAAGGACCAUGAUCCUGCGCACCAAGAGGGACCAAGGAAAGCCGGAUGAACCCUCAGACUUGGAAACAAGCCCCGAAAAAUCUAAAACGAAGGAAUCAGCAUCACAGUCCUCACAAAGAUCGGCCCAGCGGAUCCCUCUUCCUCAUAAUUCAAUGUUUGUCCUUGGUCUCGAGAGCAACAAGAGGUGGCUUCACGGAAUCAAACAAGACAAACGCGCAGAAUUUCUUAAAUCGCCUAAAGAAUUGUCCUAUAACGGCGAACGGAUUUCCCUAACCUUUCGACAAAUAGCCACCUUCCUUUCGUCAGACGAAAAGACCAUAUAUGGUCAAGGAGCUACCUCCAAAUCCAAGGAUGAGCCUCGGGAGGUCAUAAACGGCGAAGGACCCGAAGCCGAGAGGCUUCUUGAAGCUUUCGGUUCCGAAAACCAGCAAAGUGAUUUCGACUGGGACACCUACUAUGGCACCGGCUCGGACGUCCUCCACCUGAAGGAACAGGUCCCGAAGCUUUUCUUCGUUAGAAACGAUCCUAGCGGCCUGCGUGUGAAAAUCUGCCUCUAUGAGAAGGGGAUACGAUUCAACGGCCAUGAACUUAAGAUCACCGAGGUGCAGGACGAGACCAAAACACCUUCCUUCCUAACCCUCAGUCCGCAUGGCCGCACUCCGGUGCUCAUAGAUGUCGACAAGGAGAAAACCACUGUCUGCGAAUCGCUCGCCAUUAUUCAAUACCUAGAAAUGUUCUACCCCUCAACAGAGGAUAAGUGGCUACUUCCAUCGUUGGCGGACGAGCGCGCAGCCUUUGCCCGUGUCCUACAGCGAAUGCAGGAAUCCGAACAGCUAGCGGCUGUCUUGAAACAUCCGUGCAAUGAAGAAGCCGUAGAGCGAGAGCUCGCGAUAUGGGAAGAAUAUCUUUCCAGAGCCGGCGGACAAAUUGCGGGGAGCGAGUUCUCCCUCGCGGAUAUAGCAGCGUAUCCCGUCAUCGAUCAAUUUGUGAAGAGGACCGGAUACAAAAUUGCCAAGUGGCGAGAAAUCGAGGCCUGGCUGACUAAUAUGGGGUAUCGGGAAAGUGUUAGGGCCACCCAGAGUUCUGAACUGGGCGUUGGGGAAUGAGCCCAAGCAGUUUUUUCUUUUAUCCGUUUCUUGCUUCUCUCCCUUUCUUCUCCUUCUCAGUUUCUCCUAGGGCAUAGGGACGGUCCCCUUCGUCUUUUAUUGGAUUAAAUCGAAUUGGUGCCAACGAUGGGAGGGGGAUAGCGGCAUUUACAAUUUCUUCUCAUUUUCUUGACCACGAUUUUAUAUGCCAGAUUUGUCGAGAAUGGUAUAUAAGUAGCAUCUUCCGCAGAUUUGCGAUAGGUUCAACUGGAGGACAAAGGGAGACAUACCAGUGUGGCAUUCCAUGCCAUAGUAUUGAUGUUCAUACAGAUAAUCCCCGUUUCACCGGGAUUGCGCAAGCAUGCUCGCCUCAUUUCUUGUUCUUGUAUUAUAUUAUUGUAGUUUGCCGUGGCAGGGUGGUGAUGGGGAGGAUAUUUGGGCCCUCUUGGCACGUUUAAGAAACGGAGGUUUUUCGGGUUUUGUUGGGAGUUUCAAUUGAAAAUUCGGUAUUUUGACAUUGUGUUUUUUUUGGACCGUAUUAAAUUUAGCACAACUUGGGUUUUGCUUAUGACGUAUCGGACCGGGAAGUGGGUCUGACGAGGAAGUGAAUCAGUUAGAAAGCACCAAAAAAGUUAAGGCCCAGAAAACUCAAUGGGCACCCAACAGUAGGGAGAAGAAAUUACGAAACCUACUGUACAAGAUAUCCCUGUGCACGGCGUGCUAGGCAUGUCCUUUUUUUGUGCCGAAUUCGGAGGUUUGAUUUUGGUGAAAAGUCUGCUUGUCUUGUGGGUUCGAACAAAAAUCGCAUACAGGAUGAUGCACUUUUUGCAUCGACCCACUCCCUAGCCCAAUACGUUAGCGGAAGCAUAACACCAGCAUAUCCACUUCUAACCAGGAGCAGCAAAAGAGAGUGACAAAAAGCAUAGGGAGAGAUAGAUAUGACCGGAAAGAGUGAUGAUAAAAAAGGAAUGACUACUUUGCAU